AUGUGGCCUCAGAGAUUAAUGCUUCUGCUAACUUGUUGGCAUCAAAUUGUUUAUCCAUGUGGAUCUGGGAAGACAUCUGCAACAAAAAUCUUUGUUGAUGCUUUAAAUUGUUUAUCACACGAGGGUAAAAAUGUCAAAAAGCCAUGUGGGGAAUGUCAAGAAUGCACCUUGUUCUUUGCUGGAAGGAGUCGAGAUGUUAAGGAAGUAGAUUCAAUUGGUAUUGUCUCUGAUGAUGAGCUGCUUGAGUUACUAGCUUUGGCCUUAUCACCUGACACUUCAAAUACAGUUAAAAGGGCGAUGGAAUUAAUGAGAUCAAGAAUUGACCCUAUGCAAUUAAUUUCACAAUUAGAUAUUCUAAUUAUGGAUAUUCUUUUUGGGAAAUUUCAUGAAAAUUUUUCUGAUGUUAAAAGACAGUUUUUUGAAAGACAUACUUGUACAUAUAAAGUUGGUUCCACGCAACUCUGCGGGAACUGUCACUGCAUUUUAUGUAUCUACCCUACCCCAGCUAACUGGUGGACCUCCAAUGUCUACAAGCAACUGAGUUCGCAUCAGGUCAAUCUCAAAUGGGUUAGAGAUAACCACGUGGUGUAUAACUACGGGACAGAUUACUGGCAUUUUAAUGGGAAGAUGGCACCUGAAUGUUAUAAGCCACAAUACUAA